AUGGCUUCAACUUUAACUGAAGAAGUAGUACCUGGCUUAAAACCCGGUGCUACCGAAGUAGUCCAUGGAGCAAAUCAUGAUAACAACAAAACAUACGUAAAGAAUUCGGAGUCACCAACUGAGAAUGAUAGUUUGCAUACUGAUAAGAAACAGAAAAGCCUCUCACCAGAUGCCGAUUCAAAAGGUAGAGCUAGUACACCAGAUGAACCAGUUGUAGAGCGACAAAUUGUUGAUUCGUCAUAUGUAGGUUGGAAGCAAAUGGGUGGCUGGCAAGAAAAGGACAAACUUACAACAGACGAUAUGCUUUUGGAUACCUACCAUGAAACAUUUUUAGAAGACUAUUUACCCAGUGCAGCAUAUGGCGACUGGUAUCACUCAACGGCUAUUUUUGCAAUUGGCGGAAUAUUAUCCUUUUUGCUUGGAAGUUUUAAAUUUAGCUUAGCGCCAGUUUUUUUUGUCACUGUUCUGGUAAGCGUCUAUUACCGUUCUUCUAUUAAGAAAUAUCGUGGCACCCUUCGUGAUUUGGUCCAGAAGGAAAUGACAGUGCAAAAGGUAGAAAAUGAUUAUGAAUCAAUGGAAUGGUUAAAUAGUUUCCUGGACAAAUACUGGCCUCAAUUGGAACCCUCUGUUUCCCAUAUGGUUGUGGAGCAGGCAAAUCGUGAGAUGGCUAAGAACCCCUCUGUUCCUGGAUUUAUUUCCGCGUUAUGGAUUGAUCAAUUCACAUUGGGAGUGAAACCUCCUAGAAUUGAUUUGGUUAAGACAUUUAAAACGACACCCACCGAUGUUGCAGUAAUGGAUUGGGGUCUUUCAUUUACUCCACAUGAUUUGUGUGACUUGGACGAGAAGCAAUUAAAGAACUAUGUGAACCAAAAAGUUGUUGUCAAGGCGAAAAUAUUUGGGAUCACCAUUCCCGUAGUAGUAACAAACAUUGCAUUUAGAGCUGUUGUAAGAGUAAGAAUGAAGAUGAGAACCGCAUUUCCGCAUGUUGAGACUGUUAAUAUCCAGCUUUUGGAUAUUCCAGACGUGGACUUCGUUUUUAAAUUGUUUGGGGAUUCUAUAUUUAACUGGGAAAUAAUGGCUAUUCCAGGCCUGCUACCGUUCGUAAGGGAAAUGGCAAGAAAAUAUGCGGGUCCUAUGGUCUUGCCUCCAUUCUCCUUUCAACUCAAUGUUCCACAACUGCUAUCUGGUUCCGCAUUGUCUAUUGGUGUAUUAGAGCUCCACGUUAAAGGUGCCAAUUCGUUAAGGUUUUCGAAAUCUGUCCAUGAUUCAGAAGCGAAUGAAAUAAAUCCAUAUUUGGAAUUUGCUUUCAACGAUAAAGUAGCUGCUGUUACCGGGGUUGCACAAGGAUCAGUGAAUCCUGUGUGGAAUGAGAGUAUUUUGAUAUUGCUGCAAUCCUUCACGGACCCAUUAUCAAUUACUCUUCUCAAUAAGCGCGGAAAGUUCAACGAUAAGAUGUUGGGAAGGAUACAGUAUAAUUUGUCUUCUCUCCAUGAAAGGGGAACACAAACCAACCUCAGUACAAAGUUUUUGCUCAAUUCUAAGCCCGUUGGGGAAUUGCAUUUCGAUAUGAAGUUCCAUCCUACUCUGGAGGCAAAGAAACUACCUGAUGGUACUACCGAAGAUGUUCCUGAUUUGAACACAGGUAUUACCAAGAUUGUUAUUGAAGGGGCUAGACGUCUUGACUUUGACAAAAACAAGGUUAGUUCACUUGUUGAGAUGUAUAUCAACACUAAGCUGGUUGCUUCGAGUUCGCUUGUAAAGAAGGACAAUUCACCUUCAUAUAACUGUGAACAUGAAGCUAUAAUUACCGAUCGCCGGAAGACAAGAGUUAAAUUGGUUGUUAAAAACAACAAAGGUGAAAUAUUGUCCAGCACGCUCCAAUCAUUGAACGACUUGAUCGAUAGAGGUCAUAUUGAAGAUAAAUGGCUCCCAUUGGCUAAUGGCAAGGGUGAAUUAAAGGUUACUACUCAUUGGAAGCCUAUUGAGUUGGGCCUAAAGAAUGAUAGCGGUUACACUCCUCCAAUCGGUGUCAUUAGACUAUUCUUGAAUAAAGCCGAGGAUUUGCGGAAUUUGGAAAGGAUUGGAAAGAUCGAUCCCUAUGCAAGAGUUCUUGUCAAUGGUAUUGUCAAAGGCAGGACUGAUGCAAAAGAUUCAACGCUUAACCCUAUUUGGAAUGAAGCUGUUUACGUCCCUAUCACCUCCCCACAUCAAAGGAUAACCAUUGAGUGCAUGGAUGUUGAAACUGCCGGUAAAGAUCGUAACCUUGGAAAGUUUGAUAUUAAAGUAACUGAACUAUUUAAGAAGGGACCUGACGAUAAGUAUGUUGAAAUUAUUGACGAAGAACCAAAGGUAGGAAGAUUAGUUUCAAAGAAAGGUGUUAAAGGAACAGUCACAUAUUAUACGUCGUUCUAUCCAGCACUUCCAGUGUUGUCAUUGGAGGAAACUUUAGCAGUGGAUGCAAUAAACGAUCGAAAAAUACGUGUGCAAAAUGCGAAAACUGCUAACGCUCAAUUAACUUCAGAGCAAAAGAAAGAGCUUGACACAGAAGAGACAGAAAUUCAGGAAAUGGAGGAACUUUAUAGUAACAAGAUGAAAUUGGACUUAGACGAAUUACUGCAGUACAACAGUGGUGUGUUUUCUUUCACAAUCUUGGGAGGCGAGCUUCCGCAGCCAAGCUGUUGUGUUCAGGCGUUCUUCGAUUCUAAUGGCCACGCAAGCUAUGUGUCUCCUGUCUUUUCUACAAAGACGAUUAGGUCAGGCACUGCUGGAGAAUGUAUGAUUAGGGAAUCUCAAUGGUCAACAGCAACUUUCAGAAUUUCAAAGAAUCCCUACCAAAACAAGGCAGAAGAACCAAUUUGCGAGGUUAGCAUUCCAACUUAUGAGUUGAUUAAGAACUGUUAUUAUAAGCCAUCAAUUUUGACCUUGGAAGGACAAAGCAAAAACGGUAAGUUAAUGUUGCAAACCUCCUGGUUCCCUAUAGUUAUUUCAAGGCUACCAGAAGUUGACAUGAUUACGAAUACUGGUGAUUUGAAAAUUGCUAUUCAUUCAGCAUCUGCGCUUUUACCAGCAGACAGGAACGGUAAAUCCGACCCAUACGUGAAGUUCUUCCUAGAUGACUCAGACGAACUAAUAUACAAGACUAAAACCAAGAAGAAAACCUUGAACCCCAUAUGGGAUGAAGUUACCACAAUUGAAAUUCACAAUCGUGUCAACAACUACUUGAGGGUUAGUGUUAUGGACUGGGACGCUGGUAACAGCGAUGAUUUAAUUGGAACUGCAACUAUUUCGCUGGCAGACAUUGAUCCAGACGGUGAAACAUUUAUGGAUGUUCCUUUACUCGGUCCAGAAGGCGAAGACGGUGGUAUCCUUCAUUUGAGAUUCAUGUUCGCACCAAGAUAUACUAUGUCUGUCAACAGAGUCGAGACAAAAGUUGGAGACCUAGCAACUAAAGGUCUGUCAGCAGGUAUACAUGCCGGUACAAGUGUUAUUGGAGGCGGACUGGGUGCCGUCAGUAAACUGAAAAAAGGCAUUAUGGGUAAGAAAAAGGAUAAGGAAACGGUUCCACAUGAAGCAUAG